AGAAUCUUACAGACUCAGUCUCCACCCCCCCUUUGUGACAUCACUAUGAUAAAAGGGCCAAUUAAAAAGCAGUACGGUGCGAGCCUUCAUUUACAUACGGGCUCUAUAAGUAGCGUGUAGGCCGUCUUCUUUACUGCAGUUGUCGACUGAUCGUUUUUGUCGUUUGCUGCUUCUUUACGAAACAGAAUCAUGCCGGAUCCGGCGAAGUCUGCUCCUGCUCCCAAGAAGGGAUCGAAGAAAGCCGUUACAAAGGUACAGAAGAAGGAUGGCAAGAAGCGUAAGCGCAGCCGCAAGGAGAGCUACUCCGUCUACGUGUACAAGGUGCUCAAGCAGGUGCACCCCGACACCGGCAUCUCGUCCAAGGCUAUGGGCAUCAUGAAUUCGUUCGUCAACGACAUCUUCGAGCGCAUCGCCGGCGAGGCGUCGCGCCUGGCGCACUACAACAAGCGCUCGACCAUCACGUCCCGGGAGAUCCAGACGGCCGUGCGCCUGCUGCUGCCCGGCGAGCUGGCCAAGCACGCCGUGUCCGAGGGCACCAAGGCCGUCACCAAGUACACCAGCUCCAACAUUAAGAAGUUCCCGUUCUUGUCACCUAUCGGAUCUGAAGUUUUCCCAAGAAUGCAAGGAGCUCUUAUUUUUCCAACUACAGUCUAGAGAAUGGCCAUCAAGUAAGAUGAUAAUAAUCCCAGGCCCUUUGGCUAGGAACUCAUUUCAUAAUUAAUAAGUAUUUUAUAUAGUUCCAUUAAAGAGACUGUUGAUCAAUACAGUGAAUUUUGCUUCAGAUAGCCAACCCCAGAAAUAACAAAAUAAAGCUACAGAACUUGA